AUGGGAAAGAAUCACUCUCAGGGGGCCUCCUGGUUUGACCCCUCGUCCACACACCCAAUGUUCCUCUCCCAGCUAUCUCCCUCUGCAGACCUGACCAUCGCUGUAUUCCUCACAUUUACAGGUGAGUAAAAGGAGACUUUAUGCAUCUGGAGAAGUCGUGCUCUUAUUUUGAAAGGUCACUGAUUGCAAACUUAAGCCAAAGAGGCAGCGAUUUGAAAAAAGUAUAUUUAAAGUGAUGACAGUGUUGUGAGGACUAAAAGAUUAUGAGCACCAUGUGACUGACAUGUUUUUAGUCGUGGUGAGGAUAGAGAUUUGUUUCUUCCAUUAGCUGUCAACAUGAAACACUGCCUCAGUUAAAGCUGCCUGAAAAGCAGACACCUGCAGUGAGACAGUGAGACAGUGAGACAGCCUGACCCUGAAACAUCUCUACUGUUUGAUCUGCUCUCACAGUCAAAUCUGUUCGUGUUUAUUUGGCGUUUUUCUUCAUUCAUACGCCUCCUGUGGAGUAGCGUGAGUGUUGUGGAGCAUUAACAGCAGCAGACCGGCAUGUGAUUAACAAGAAAUAACGAUGCUUUGAUCCACGCUGAAGCACUCACUCUAACCCACUCCAUCAUAGACAAGAGGCACAAUUAGAUCACAUGUGGAGCUACUUAGCUUAACAUUGCUGUUUUCUUUUCUCUGUCAAAAACACUUUUUUUCCCCAGGUCUGACAUCAGUGCUGGGGAACGGCAUGGUGUUGUUGGUCUACUGCAGGAAAAGGAAGAAGCUCAGACCUUCAGAGCUCCUCACCGUCAACCUGGCUCUCUGCGAUUUUGGCUUCAGCUUCUUCGGGGCGCCAUUUUUCAUAAUUUCCAGGUGUGAUGAGCAGCCAGGCAUGAAUUUCUUUACUCCAUUAUGUAGCAAAUUUUACUUGACUUGAGUAUUUUUCAUUUUAGGCAUAAUCUUUUUAUUUUCAACUUCUAACUUUUGCAGAUAUUUCAUUUCACCUCAACAUUUGUCAGACGGCUUAAUUACUUUCCUGUUUCUUGCAACUUUCUCAUAAGUUCCCAUUUACUAUUCAUCUCAUAUCAUUUGAGAAAAACACAAAAAAGAAUUUACAGGUUGAAUUAAACCCCAAAGCUCUAAAAACUAUCCCAGUAAUAGCAGCAUUCAGUAAAAAAAAAUGAAUAUAAUCUUCAAAAAUAUGUUUAAAUCUAUGUAAAAUUACAUUUAUAUGAUAAUAAUUUUGCUCGUGUUAUCUUAAAAUAAGCUUUAUAUACUGUAUUUCUAGUGAAUUCCAUUUCCUGACAGCUGCCAGUUUUCUUAAGUUUCUGCUGUAAUGGACAAACUGGUUACCUACACAUUUUUGUAUGUAGUGAGUGGCGCUGCAAAAAGCAGUUGGAGAAAAACAAGUAAAGGCAAAGAAAGAGAUGAAAAAGAAGAAGAGUGUUUGCAAAAUAAUUUGUACUAAUUUAUGUUUUUGAUGUUAGAAACUUGACAAUGAAGGAUCAUUCUUAUCAUGUAUCAUAGGAGCUUUUUGUCUUUGUAGGCCACCAUCACUUCACUGAUGAAAGGGGUGAGCAAGGGAGCAUUUCAAUACAGAAUCAGACCACUAUAUAUUCCUAGAUAUCCCCAUUUCUACACAUUGUACCUUUAAACGGGGCACAUUGGUUCUGGAGCUGUUUUUCUGACCUUAUAAAUUUAAGACAUACAGUUGUCAAAGGACGGGCAACACAAACAUGUGAUGAUCUGAGAGGACAUAAUGCAGAUCCAACUGCCCAAAAGUGAACAAAUUAAUCAAAAUAAGAGAAACUUUUAAACAUAUGAAGCACUAAAUGAAAUGUACACAUGUACAUAUCAACCCCAAACCAUCUCACAUGAUUAUAAAACACAAACCAAACAUUUGAGCUUCAGUAAGUGAGAGUCAGUAAUUUGGGUAUUUUUACAACCCUCAAACUUUAACCCGAAGCUCCUGUGAGAAACUCUCAAUUGUGUCGAUCCCUGUGGACAAAGAGGACAGAACAUGUUUUUUUUUUUCAUUUGUGAACUAUUUUUAACUAUGAAAUGCAUGUUGGUGUUCUAGUGGGGUUAAAAGAGGGACUGACCACCCAGAGCCUAGCAGAGGAAGGAGCCCUUAAUUAGCCUUAAAUUAAAUGUACUUUUAGUUUGCGUAUUUUUUUCUCUAAAUAAUAACCAUCACAUGUGAGGUAAACUGAGCUGAUUAAAUGAACGUAACUCGUCUCUCUCUUUUAGGCGUCUCUCACCCCUGCUAGGCAGACAAUGGUUUAGUCCAUCUGUAACAGGAUUGAUCAGAUCACAGCCAAGUGACUGAUGCUGCAGCGCCAGGUCUCUUCUGAGAAAAGACAAUCAUUGUUUUCUUUAAACUGUAACAGAGUUUCAAUGUCUUCCCCACAUUUUCAGAUAUUGUACUGACUGUAAACAGAACCACUUAGUUUACAUGUCAAGAGUAACAAUAGAGAGCUGUAGUAACCUUUAUGAGUGAGUUAAGGGCAGGUUCAGCAAAAGUAUAAAACAGUUUAGUGUAAAUAAAAUAGAUUGUUACGUACAUGUCAGGUGUACCUUUUUAUCACAAUGUUGUUUUGGUUACUUUUACUUCAGUGAUUGACCUGAAAGUGAACUCCCACCUCAUGCUGAGUGAAAUGUUAAAAAAAUGUAGAAAAGAGACAGAAGGAGCUGAUCUGUUAAAUACGUCAGAAGACUAACGCUGCUUUGUCCCUCUGUCAGCCUGUGCCAUGCCUGGGUGUUUGGGGAGACAGGGUGCCUCUGGUAUGGCAUUCAGGGCUUUGUGUUUGGCAUUGGCUCCCUGCUCACCACCUGUCUCAUCUCUGUGGAUCGCUGCCUGAAGAUCUGCUGCUUAAGAUACGGCAAGUCUCUCUUUAAACAUGGACUAGAGUGUACAUGGAAAUGCUAUUCAUUUAAGACACACUGAUUUAAAGCUCUUCUGUGAUUGUUUAGGUGACAUUUGAGGUGAAUUAAACUUGACAAUGUUUUGAAAUGAUACUCAAGGAAAAUAUCAAGAACUCCCUCAGGAUUGAGAUCAUCUAAUGCUAACAAAAGUAAAAUGUUGAUUCUUCUCACUUCUUUAGGUCAGUGGAUUGAGAGGCGCCACAUGUCUCUGUCGAUAGCUCUGGUGUGGGUUUACACAUUAUUCUGGGCCUUGCUGCCGGCGUUUGGCUUUGGAAGUUACGGAGCAGAACCUUACGGGACCAGCUGCACCAUCAACUGGUAAUCCCUGAUUUAACUUGCAUUUGCUGCUUGAUGCCCUGUUGUUUACACAAACACAAAAGGCCUCUGUGUUAUCUAUGUAUCUGUAGGAUUUGCAUUCUUCAUGCAUUCACAAACAAACUGUGCAUUUACCAUUUUGCCCGUAUCUCUAAUUCGAGGUGGAGGAUGAGGUCGUCUCUGGAUGACAGAAUCUAUAUUUUCCUCAUCCUCACAUGGUGCUUUGGGCUGCCAACACUCGCCAUCGUCACUUCUUAUUCGGCCAUUCUGCUGACGGUAAGGACAACUGCUGCGUGACAAAACAAAGUAGAGCUUUUGAGAGCACUGUCUGUAUCUGUGAUUCAUUUAUUUUCAUCUUUACUCACACAUUUGAAGUCACAGUGUGAACAGUAACAGCUCCCCCUAGUGGAGCACUGGAAAGACAAUGCACAUAAGUCCCUCCUCAGGCACAAAACUGCUGAAGAGCAGAGAGCAUGACCUUCAAGACAGAUGUUUGGGCCAAAGCAGAGGAACAUCAACUAUGCAUUAUUCUUUGGACAGCAGGGAGUGACUCCAAUAAAUACAAAAGAGGUUCAACUUUACAGAAGUUUGCAAGGUAAUCCUGCCUCCCUCAAGCGGCAGUUUUACCACCAAACUUGAUGCUCCAAAGAGAAACUUCGUAAAAAAAAUGGGUGACAUUAACGUUAAGUCCACAAAUUAUAUCCUUAUUUGGACCAUAAGAGCAGACAAAGUGAGAAAGUACUUUGCCUACAUGCUUAAAAAAAGUUUUGCCACAUUCAGCCAUUCAAAAUCGAGCAACAAGGUUUCUUUCUGAAAAAUUUAAGGCCUCUGCCCCGGAUAUUAAACCAGCUAUGAAACAAACUGAACUUAGCUAAAGUCCAAAUGUGAGUGCCUUGAAUUCACAGUACAGAGUUUUGUCCUAUCAAUAGAUGAAUGUGACAGACACAGAAGGCGGCUAUGAAUAGCAAAGCAAAGCGGUCACCGAGAAUAACAGCUGACACAUAUAAGUUGUGUAUUGGCGGCUAAAUUUGGAGUCAUGGAUUGGUCAACAUGACUAAGCACUCUCUUGAAAACAGAUGAGCUGUACUGGAAACUUCAUAAACCAAGAAAAUAUUAAAAUCAGAGAAAUUAAAGUUGUUGGGUUUUUUUUACUGGAAAAUUUGUCACUUAGCUGUGUAUAUGCAUGUGGCAAAGUUUUACAGAUGUUGUUUUAUUUUCAGGUGAUCAGAUCAAAGCGUACUCUUGCGUCCAUGCCAUCCUCCUCUGUCAGUCACACCAGCAAAGACGUGAGACUUGCAAAGGUAAACAUUAUCAGGAUCAGUCUUUGAUGCACAUCCUACAUGGAGGAAAACAAACUUUAUGUAUUUCAGAUGGCUGCUGUGGUGUGCGGUACCUUCCUCCUGGCCUGGAUGCCCUACGCUGCUGUGUCUCUGGUUUCUGCACUCCUUCCCAGAAGCUACCAAGAGGUAGAGGACACCUUACACACCACAGUGGUGGACGAGACAGCUGGUCAGAACGCUUCUAAGAUCCUGGACGUCUCCUCGCUGCUCAACUGGACUGCUGCAGAAUAUUACAGAAACCACCAUUACAAUCCUGAGAGCAGGUGGAGUGUUUUUAACAACACAAGUUCAGCCUCGACCCCCAGUCUGAGUGAUUUCAGAUCCGCCGUAGUCAAAGAGGUGGAGACAAUGACCAGGAGCCACCACCCCUAUUCUUCUUUGCCACCUGUGGUCACCUUGAUCCCCGCAAUGUUUGCAAAGUCCCACUCUAUGAUCAACCCUCUGAUCUACCAGAUCAUGAACAAAGAGUUCAGGGAUGAUGUCUGUGUGAUGGUGUAUGGUCGAGCAAUGGCGGAGAACAGGCGAGUGCAGAGGAGGAAUGGGAGCCGCUGUGAAAGUAAGGAGAGCAUAUUUAUUGUCCUUUUUUCUGUGACUUGAAAUUCGUUCUUGUGCAGUCAGCUAAAAGACAAUCUCUUAUUUUUCUUGUUUUCUUUUCAAGGGAGCCUCAGCAUAUCCUGUCACCAAAGCUGGAGGAGGAACAGGAGCAUGUCCUUGUUUGUUGAAAGAAAAAACAAAAAUGCAAAGAAAAGCAGGACAGAAAAGAGAAAUGCAGGAAGAUCACACUCCUUUGCCGCGAAUAUCUCAGUUAGAGAUGGUGCUUUGGACUUUCCCUCACUGGACACUCAAGGAAAUGUUGAGAGACACUUCACCAAAGGUGGACUGAGGACAGACACCACCAUUACUGUCUAA